UAAUAUAUGGAUUCAUUUUAUUUCGUUAAUUUCUCCAUCAGCUGCUUACAACCUUAAAUAUUUGAAAAUCAGUGUUAUUACAGAUAUUGACAUACUUAACAUAAGAGGGUGAUUAAAGAUGAACAAAUGUAUCAUGAUGUAGCAAACAUUCCAUUAAAGUUAAUUAGGUUAUAAAAUUUUUGUCUGGAAUUGCCUCGAAAGUUUCAGAACAUUGAAAUAGUGAUUAGAACUCAAGAAGUUAACAAAUAUUAGAUGAUUGUGUAACUAAGUAAAUGAAAAUAAAUUAGAGGUAAUAAAGAAAGAUAUGAAUUGAAAUCAGCCAGUUAUGUAUGAUGUAAUUUAAACUUCAGAAAGAGUGGGUAUAAUGACGUAAUAAAUAAAUAAAGGGGGUUUUUGUUACCAGGGUAAAGAAGAUUUAUUACUCUUUCUUUUUGUAUACAUGGAAAACGUGAAGAUAAAAAAACCAAUAAAAAAAUCAAUUUAGCUGCAGGAUAAGUCCUUGUCCACGCAGUUUUUAGUCUCAUAUUGAUUGAUCCUGUGACAUUAGCACAUUUAAAUUUAAGUUGGGUAAAAAUAGGCUUUUUAUCUGCUGUAAUGAGAAUGAUACUGCUACACAAAAUUUCCAUUAGCAAGCACACAAACAGUUACUAAGUGAAAAGAUUAUGAGUGAGGAAGAAGGUUUAUUAGAGUAUUUCCAAUCACUAUUAAGUCUGCAGCAUUAUUUGCCUAACCCAUACUUGAUAGUGAGAAACCAAAACAUACUGAAUAAAGUGAAACACAAAGAAUGGUGGUAAGAAUGAAUAUUUGCAAAGCAAAAAGGUAACAAAUUACAGUUACAAUAUAAAUGGUAUGUUAAACAACAAAAUGAUGACAGUUGUUAUGAAAUGAAUGUUACUUGUAAGCUGCUCUUUGAGAUGACAACCACAAAUUAGUUCACUUGACCAACAAAGGUUCCCCUGCACGUGGUGGCACCGACGGCGUAAUGAGAAAGAUUAAUAAUGAUCCAGUUCAAAACUCUAACGUAGCAAGGGAAGGCCUAAAGGAUGUUAUAACACUAUUAUAAUCUUCAAUCAAAGACCGUAGCCAAUAAAGCAGAAGAACAGACGGCGGAGAUAGCGUUUACAUUUUAACAAUCGCGGUAAUGUGUGUAUAUAACCAAACAAUUAUGUUCGUUUCCUUACUAUUGAUACAGAGAAACAAUAGAUAUUCAACAUAAAUGUGGUUACAUAUAAACUGUGACAAAUCGGAAGAAAUGUGGUUUUUAUUUUGUCGUUAUAAAAAUCACUGAAUAUACAUGUCACAAUACCACCGACAAACUGGAAGAAGAACUGAUGAACGUUGAAAAAUACCUAACAGACAACUGUUGUCCGCAUAAAUUUAUUGACAAAUAUAAAAAUCCCAAAGGAAAUAAGACGGAAAUGACUACAGCUAUUGAAAAACCGAUAUCUAUAAAUCUCAACUUUAGAAGCGAUGACGUCGCAAACACAAUCGGAAGGAGGCUUAACAUUGCAUUAGCCAGAACUUAUCCAGCAAUCGAACUAUUAAUUCUGUAUAAAACAACAUGUUCAAUAACUCAAUCAAAGGUUGACAAGCACUCCUUUCAUGUUACAGACAAUUGUAUUCAUAAAUUUGCGUGUACCUGACAAAGCAACUACACUGGCCGAACAGAAAGGAGAAAUAUUACUACUACUAAUACUACGAACACUAGAAACAAUACCACUAAUACCACUACUACUACUCACACUACAACAACAACAACUACUAUUAUUAUUAUUAUUAUUAAUAUUAUUAUUAUUAUUAUUGCUACGACGACUAACACUAUCACUAAAACUUCUUUUUCCUCUAUCACUGUUACUAAUACCUAUACUAAUACCUUAUUUUAGUAAAUCCUCUUACUCAAAUUCUUCAACACGAUUUGCAUAUUACAAGCCUUGCACUAUAAUUAGUUCUACUGGAUUGAAUUUCGGAACACACAUGAUGGUUUUCUAGACUACGUGUUUGUGCUAGACACAAGUUGACAGUCAAUAAUAAUCGCAAUUGUGCUCUUUGCCGACGUUCACCAAUGUACCCGUAUAAAUCAAAUGAAACCAAAUGAAUGGUAUAAUGCAAACUAGUCAUUUAUUGAGCAAACGCCAGUUU